AUGAAGUUCUCUCUUGAGAAGAAAAUGGUAAUAGAAAGUCUGGAAGAGGAACUUGAAAGGUUGGAAGAAUUGAAUCAAGCCCUUGUUAUCAAGGAGCGCAAAAGCGAUGAUGAAUGUCAACAAGCUCGUAAAGAGAUAAUCACAGAAGCUGCUGCCAAGAGAAGAUGCUUGGGAAAUGAGGUGGAUGAGAAAUCUUGGGAGAUGUGCUCAUUAUGGAAGGACUACCUUAGGAUCCUAGCUGGCACCCUUUUAAGGUUGUCACGGUUGCAGGUGGGAAGAAGCACAAGCCUGGUUGGCGGUGGACUGGUCUGUAUUAGCGGUGAAAUUGUCCUAGGAUUUUCUGUCCCUCUUCUCUUAACACCAAUUUCUGAAAUAAUUGAUGAAGAGGAUGAAAACCUGAAAAAUCCUAAGACUGAUAACGGUAAUGAAGUUUACAUGGCCGUGAUAGCUGCCUUGAUGGAGAUAAAUGAGUACAACCCUAGUGGUAGGUAUGUGGUACCAGAGCUCUGGAAUUAUGAAGAAGGAAGAAAAGCAACAUUGAAGGAGGGAGUAUCAUACAUACUCAGUCAGUUGAGGGUGCUCAAAAGGAGGAGAAACUAGAGGGUUUUGGCAGUUGAUUUAACUCUUCAUCAAUUCCUUAAUACAGGAAUCCUCGUAUUGUGUCAUCCGAUGCUUUUAAUAGAUUACACCUUGGUACUUUGUUUUGUCGUUCUGUCUGCAUGAUGUUAUGGAAA